CACAGAGUGUAUUACGUGUAUAAUCAAGGUAUCUUCACUUAAUCGUUAUUAGUGAAGAUACCUUGGUAUAAUGUAUAUAAUAUUAUGAAUUUGCAAUAACAGUGGCACGUGCAGCGGUGACGUGCUGCAGCACAUGCACUGGUUGUAAGUUGCAGUUGUGGCACACUUACAGUAAGGGUGCGUCUCGAAUUCUGUACACAGUGAGCUUUGUUGUGGUUGCUGAACCGCACGAAGUGGCUGUUUGCAGUGGCCACGCUUAAAAUUACGGUACGUGAAGCCACCUCGCGACGUGGAGUUGUUGUAUCGCAACGAGGUUCGCUUUGAAUUUGAGGACUGCCUUGCUGCAAACAGCAAACCUGCUGGAUUUCCUCUGAUUCAACUUUUAUUUUAUAGUUUCAGCAAUUUUUAUGAGGGAUUAAUGUGUUUCGGUGAGAAGAAUAACAUAAGAAGUUAACCCGAGAACGAAUACGUGAAGGCUGUUGAUACUUAAUUUGACAGAAUCUGGCUUGGUUUGAUUAUGCAAGACAGUAAGAGCAGGCUGAGCAGCUGUCGCAGUGCUUAGUACGGAUCUGCACUCUGCUGUGCCAGUGUCAAUCUGAAACUGCAGUCUGGUUCCGAUUGAUUGACUUGAUUGUGCUGGCAUUCAUUUGCGGACUUGUCGCGCGAGGAAGCAUUGUGUUGCUGCGAUCUGGCGAGUGGACGGGGAAUCAGGACGCGUGUGUGGAGAUGCGCUGUGGCACGCGAGCGACCUGGGUCUGUUGACGCUUCCGCACAGACAGUUCCCGUUUAGUCUUUGAUCCUGCACUCUGCAGACAUGUCUGUGCAGCGCGCCGUGUCGAGCAGCAGCGGCGCCCCCCGCUCGCCCUCCCAGGGGCAGGGCGCAGCCGCAGCGGACCCGCAGCGCGAACUGCCCGUCUUCAUCUUCCCCAACACGCUGCACUUCUUCGCCAGCGAGAAGGACUCCCUGCGCCAGAUCCUCACCAUCUACAACCCCUACGACUUCCCCCUCCGAUUCAGAGUGUACUGCACGGCGCCCAAGCUGUACAGCGUGGUGGACGCGCAGGGCACCGUCAAGCCCGGAUUCUGCUCCGACGUGAUCAUCCGGCACAACGCGCCCGUCGCCGCGCACUUCAACAAGCCCGACAAGUUCCGCAUCCACAUCUACGACGCCUACGCCAGCCCCCCCGAGGCCCCCGGGGGGCUGCUGGGGCGCAAGACCUUCGAGGCGGUGCUGCGCGACAAGCGCUCGCCGCACAGCCGCAGCGCCGACGCCGACGAGGAGAGCGACAGCGAGUUCGCUCCCCUGAACCUCCCGCACUCCGCCUCCUCCGCCGCCGGGGCCGCACGCAGCGCCCCCGCCUCUCCGCCCCCAGGUGCGGGGGCGGCGCAGUGGCAGCCGGCGCUGGGACGCCGCGGCAAGGUGCACUUCGGCGCCAGCGACAGCGCCCCUCCGCCGCCGGUCAGCGGGCCCCCUCCGUCGCACCUGACCGCCCCCAGCCCCCUCAUCGUCCUGCUGGGCGUGCUGUGCGUCGCCGCCCUGUGCCUGCCCACCGACGGACACGGCAGUCACAACCAGAACAGUCCCUGGCCCGUGUACCUGCACUUGACGCUCAACCAGAAGCUCGUCGCCGCCUACAUUCUCGGACUAGUGACGAUGGUGAUUCUGCGCAGUUGAUGAAGCGCCCUGUCGCUCUUGUACUGUACUGGAUUGUCCGUCUUCCGUUUGCGCGCGGUAUUAUCGUGUUCGUGUCACUGGCCAGGACUAGGAGAGACAUGUCUCCAUCGCGGGAUGCUGAUCAUUGUCCUUCUCCGCCGGCUGACAGGACUGCACUCACUGCAUUCUGCCGUCUGGAUGGGCCAGCGUGCUGUCCAUCCCCACAAAUAGAAUCACAAUCAGUCCUGUCUGCCUCCUGACCUGAGUGACGACGCUGGCCGUUUAUUUGUCUUCUUUUUAUUGUUAGGCUCUUCUGGGGUUUUUUCCUAGUCGUUGUUUGAGUUCUGGUGAUUGUCGAUGGUACAGAGUAUAACUAACAUUACGAUAAGUAUCCCUUAAUUAUGACGUCAGAACAGCCCUUGACGCCUUUAUUACAGUACUCGCACCGGCACGUAUUACGGAUAAUAAUAAUUAUGACAAUUGUGCAUAUGUCCAUACAAAUGGACAGUUAAUUCAUUUGAUCAAGGAUUCAGCAAUUAAAACAGUUUCC